AUGGCCAAAGCUGAGUCCGAUCUUAGAUCCAUCCUCGAUGGCGGCUUCGAUCCUCAGAAGUUCCCCUGGUACGAGCCGGAGUUGAUUGAGGUUCCUGAGCCAGCAAAGUCUCUACUCGAGAAGUACAGCAAAAUCCCACCUGGGCAAGAGGUGGAACAUGUGAAGAAAGUGAGAGAUCGAGCAUUUGCUGUAAAACUGCUCGAUGUCGGAUGUGCAGUCGGGCAAGAGCUGCGCCAACUGGUCUUCGAUGGCGUCCCGUCUGAAAACCUCUAUGCCUCAGACCUACGCCAAGACUUCUACGACAUUGGAUACGACCUUUUCAACGAUCACGAUCACCUCAAAGCCCAGUUCAUUGUAGCAGACAUAUUCGACGACAACUCCGAUCUAGUCAAGAAUCUAACCAACAAAAUUGACAUUGUGAAUGCUGCUUCCUUCUUCCAUCUUUUCAACUGGGAUCUGCAGCUUCUAGUUGCAAAGCGGAUCGUCGGGUUAUUGCAGGAUAAACCCGGCUCCCUUCUAAUCGGCCGACAGAUUGGUCUAGUUAACCCUCCCCCUCCGGAAGAUAAAGAGGCUGCCGGAAAGCACUAUCGUCAUGAUCCUGCUACGUGGAAGAAGUUCUGGGAGCAGGUGGGUGCUGAAACGGGGACGAAAUGGGAGGUUGAGACUCGGAUGGAGAAGUGGGCUGGGGCGGAUAAGAUGAUGAAAGAUUACCAUGAAGGGAUGGACACUUUCAAGCUGAGAUUUAGUGUUCGGAGGCUCUAG